UAAGCGUUUUACGAAACUGAAAGAUCCUUGUCCUUUUGAACCUUUCUCUCCCUUCUUCUACUUCCCAACGGCUACUUCAUCACAUCUUCAUUCAUUCAUUCACCUUCCUCUUCUCUCUUCAUUCUUUCAUCAUCUAAACCCUAAAUUCAGCUUUCACUUCUCACACCCAAACACAAUUCAGCUUUGUUUCCUCAGGGUGUGAAAAGCUUUCUUGGGGGUUCAAUUUUGCAUCUGAAACUCUUCUAUAUUGUUUCAUUCUUUGGAUAUUUUACCUUCUCUCCCCUGGUGGUGGGAGAAAGGCAUGCGCAUAGGAGUGAUGGUGAUGAUGACUCAAACUUUGAAAACAAAAAUGUCAUCCUAUGAUGACCAUGACAAGAAUUUGCGCCUCUCUACCUUGCCCACUGUUAGACCUGGAAGCUGUCAAUGGCGCCAAAGAUGCACUGGUACUUUGGUUAUUGCAAUUGCAGCACUUCUCAUGUCUACCACUGCUUGGCUUUCCCUUGUCUUCUCUGAUGCAACUACUUGUUGUUUUGAUCGGUUAAGGGGAUUGGAAAGUAGCCCCCGCUAUUUCCCUUGGAAUAACUGCUUUCAUCAUCACCAUUCAAAAGGAAAAUCUCCACCUUCUCUACAAUAUGGAACCAAGGGAGGUCUUCACAAUGGUAGCAGUACUGAUGACCAGGAAGGCUUGUCACUUAAACAUAUUGUGUUUGGCAUAGCAGGAUCUUCUCAACUUUGGAAACGACGAAAAGAAUAUGUCAGACUAUGGUGGCGUCCCAAUGACAUGCGUGGGCAUGUUUGGCUAGAUGAACAAGUACUUCAACAACAUGGAGAUGAUUUAUUGCCCCCAACCAUGAUUUCUGAAGACAUCUCACACUUUCGCUACACUAAUCCCACUGGUCAUCCUUCUGGUCUUCGGAUUUCUCGCAUUGUCAAAGAGAGCUUUGACCUUGGCCUCUCAAAUGUGCGCUGGUUUGUCCUCUGUGAUGACGAUACCAUCUUCAAUGUGGAUAACCUUGUGGAUGUUCUCAGCAAGUAUGAUUCCUCUGAAAUGAUCUAUAUAGGAAGCCCCUCGGAGAGCCAUUCAGCAAAUUCAUAUUUUAGUCACUCAAUGGCCUUUGGUGGUGGCGGAAUUGCAGUAAGUUAUCCUCUUGCAAAGGCACUUUCUGAGAUUCUUGAUGAAUGCAUAGAGAGGUAUCCCAAACUCUAUGGUAGUGAUGACCGCUUACACGCCUGCAUUACUGAGCUUGGAAUUCCGUUGACAUGGGAGCAUGGUUUUCACCAGUGGGACAUAAGAGGUGAUGCCCGUGGUCUGCUCUCCUCUCACCCGAUAGCACCAUUUGUGUCUAUUCAUCAUGUUGAAGCUGUUAAUCCCUUUUACCCUGGCUUGAGCUCUUUGGAUAGCCUGAAACUUUUUACAAAGGCCAUGAGAGCAGAUCCCAGAAGCUUCUUGCAGCGUUCAAUAUGUUACGACAAUUCUCAGCAUCUAACGUUCUCAGUUUCACUCGGUUAUGGGGUUCAAGUCCUUCCUAACAUUGUAUCUCCCCGUGAGCUGGAGCGCUCGGAACGAACUUACUCUGCUUGGAAUGGCAUUAGUCAAAGGAAUGAAUUCGACUUUGAUGCUAGGGACCCAUCCAGAUCCAUUUGUAGAAAACCAGUUCUCUUCUUUCUCAAAGAUGCUAGAAAAGAAGGUAAUGCUACUUUGGGCUCAUAUGUUCGGAGUGGAGAUAAAGACGAUUUCAAAAGAAGAAUUUUGUGCUUUCCUCACAUCCCACCUUUGCGCAAUGUGCAAGAGAUCCAGGUAGUGGCGCAUCCUUUGAGCAAGAAUUGGCAUCUGGUUCCACGUCGACUCUGUUGCAGGCAAACCAAAUCAAGCAAAGAACUUCUCCAAAUCUCAGUUGGGCAGUGUGGGAAGGGAGCUUGAUUUUCUAGGUGGGUUUUUGGGACAUUAUGGCAUGUUAAAUUAUCCUCAUAUAGAGUUUGUACAUGAUUUGCAUUUCGAGUGAAGAGCUAAUUCCAUGCGGCAUCUUUUUUAAUCUUGAAUUGAGGUUUAUUAAACUUAGUAGACAUUUGAACCUAGAUGCUAGAAAAAAAAGGUUUCUAACACCAAA